CAGCGCGCGCCGCUCGCAGCCGCCUUUUCUGCCACCAACUGUGUCUCUCACUCGCGGCGCCGGCACAGCGACAGGCGCCCCGCGCUUGCCUCCUUCCCGGCCGGGCCGCCUCCUGCAGGCAGCUGCUCAGUCCGCGCAGGGAGCUCAGCCCGGCGCCCCGCCUCAGCGCCCAUGACCAGCGACUUCCAGAAGUCCUGACGCCCCAGGGUGCAAAUCCGGCCGCAAUGAACGCGAGCGCCGCCUCGCUCAACGACUCCCAGGUGGUGGUAGUGGCGGCCGAAGGAGCGGCGGCGGCGGCCACAGCAACAGGGGGGCCGGACACCGGCGAAUGGGGACCCCCUGCUGCUGCGGCUCUGGGAGCCGGCGGCGGAGCUAAUGGGUCUCUGGAGCUGUCCUCGCAGCUGUCGGCUGGGCCACCGGGACUCCUGCUGCCAGCGGUGAAUCCGUGGGACGUGCUCCUGUGCGUGUCGGGGACAGUGAUCGCUGGAGAAAAUGCGCUGGUGGUGGCGCUCAUCGCGUCCACUCCGGCGCUGCGCACGCCCAUGUUCGUGCUGGUGGGCAGUCUGGCCACCGCUGACCUGCUGGCGGGCUGUGGCCUCAUCUUGCACUUUGUGUUCCAGUACGUGGUGCCCUCGGAGACUGUGAGUCUGCUCACGGUGGGCUUCCUCGUGGCUUCCUUCGCCGCUUCUGUCAGCAGCCUGCUGGCCAUUACGGUGGACCGCUACCUGUCCCUGUAUAACGCGCUCACCUAUUACUCGCGCCGGACCCUGUUGGGCGUGCACCUCCUGCUUGCCGCCACCUGGACCGUGUCCCUAGGCCUGGGGCUGCUGCCUGUGCUGGGCUGGAACUGCCUGGCAGAGCGUGCCGCCUGCAGCGUGGUGCGCCCGCUGGCGCGCAGCCACGUGGUGCUGCUCUCCGCCGCCUUCUUCAUGGUCUUCGGCAUCAUGCUGCACCUGUACGUGCGCAUCUGCCAGGUGGUCUGGCGCCACGCGCACCAGAUCGCGCUGCAGCAGCACUGCCUGGCGCCACCCCACCUCGCCGCCACCAGAAAAGGUGUGGGUACGCUGGCUGUUGUGCUGGGCACUUUCGGCGCCAGCUGGCUGCCCUUCGCCAUCUAUUGCGUGGUGGGCAGCCACGAGGACCCGGCAGUCUACACUUACGCCACCCUGCUGCCCGCCACCUACAACUCCAUGAUCAAUCCCAUCAUCUAUGCCUUCCGCAACCAGGAGAUUCAGCGCGCCCUGUGGCUCCUGUUUUGUGGCUGUUUCCAGUCCAAAGUGCCCUUUCGUUCCAGGUCCCCCAGCGAGGUCUGAAGGGCUCGCUCCGUGUCCUCUCACCAACACCACACCCCCAACAAGCCAGCCUUUGGUAAGCUUGGUACCUGCUGAUGAACUCUGAGAUCCCAAUGGUGUGAGUCUGACUGUGGAAAGAAAAAGGGACUAAAGAGAAAUUCAACAAACUCACAAGGACAAAGAGGCUUGUUGGCACUUUACAUAUACAGUGUAUACAUGUGUACAUAUAUAUACAAAUAUUUGUAUCUUCUGGAGGUGUUCAGGAUGUGGAGCUUCCUAUUCUGUGAAAAACCAAGAAAAAGAUACGAUUGUAUACUCAAAUUGUGCAUCACAUUUGUCAAACGAAUACAUUCCAAUACUGCUUAAUUAUAGCACUUUAUUUUUAGCUGCUGAACUGCCAGAACAGUGUUGCCAUUUUCAAGGGCAGGGAAAAGGGAGUAAAAGGUGUAUUUUUGUUGUAUGUGAUAGAAUAUUUUGCUGCACAUGCAUCAAAAAAUUACAACAUAUUUUGUACACGAAUAAACCCAUUACAAGAAUGUAA